AAGCUGUUGUGACGACAUGGCAUAGCUGCCUCAUCUGCGUCUGGCUUAUGUGUUCUCUGGACGUCUUUGGCCUGCACCGAUAUCUACUAUGAAUUUAAAACUAACUUGUUGAAGUGGGCUGUCACACUAUUCAUCUACCUGCGCAGAGCCAUAUCUUUAGAAUGGAUCAGGUGCUGGGGAGGGCGGGAGACUCAGAUGUCUUCCCUAUGGCCGAUAACAACAUGCUGUCGCGUCGAAGGCAAUCUACUGUUCUGGGCAUACCGCAGGUAGAACAGGGGUCGGCGCACCUUUACAGUCAUGACGCGCAAGAUGGACAUAUGGAGGAGGACUAUCGUUAUUUCAGGAAGUUGGUCGCCAGAGGUGCAGCGAGGGGCGUUCUAACCGUCCACAUCAAGGCAUGCCGAGACUUCAACGCCAUGCUGGGGAAGAAGGGUGUGCAGGGCUUCCUGCGCUUCAGCGUGGCGGGCGUGGUCAAGUGCACCAAGGUGCAGCCCUACAAACAGGAGCAGAAGAUGCUCUUCAACGAGUGGAAGUACUUCUCCAUAGAGAGGAUCCCCAAGGGAGAGAAGGCGCUGGAUCCCACCCAUGGCCUGAUGGUCGUGGAGCUGCUCUUCUUUGAUAAGGAGACCGGCAGUCCCAAACUCGUAGGCAAGGGCGUCAUUAAACUGGUCGACCUCCUCAAUAAAGAGCGGAUUAUGAUGCACCUGGACCUGAAGCGCCUCAAACAGGUUUCCUGUAAAUUGGACAUGGACUUGGUUCUCUCCUAUGGAACCUUUGGUUAUGGUUACUCCCAUCAGCUUGGUAACAUGCGGAGAAGCAUGCACAGCUUUGUGGACCGCUCGCUCUUCCUGCGCUGUCCACCACCCGAAGAACGCACGGACCCACACUACAAUGUCAUAACACCUCGUGCCCAGCCCGUCCUGGACGUCAUUGGCGCGCUGCAGAGGCGUGAGAAGGGGGAGGCGUCGCAGCAAGAUGCCACCAGCGGCCUCCCGCCCAUGCUCAUGGACAUGCUCGCCAGACGCGGCAGGCUCCUCCAACUCAAUGAGCAGUUUGAGGAGUACAAGACCCCGUCCGAGGCUGUGCAGGACCUGGAAAAGAUGAUCCAGAAGAGAGGCCUUGUCUACGGCAGUACCUGGAGGCAGAACCGCAAGAACAAGAAUAAAGCUUUGAACAGGUGGAAGAAGUCUAUAGUCACGUCAUUGAUGAGCAAGAAACCGGCUCCAGUCACAGAAAAAGAAGAGGAACAGCCCACAGGCUUCAGAGCUAUCGUCAUGGCAGCGAUGAAGGCUGAGCAGAAAUCGAAAGAACUCCGCACUGUCACCUUUGCGGAUGACAUGGAUCCAUCCAAAGUGCCGCCCAACAGAGAUGAGAACAAGCUCGGGAGAGACGAGGAUGGGGCGAUCGCAAGGGCCUUGGACAAUCUUAACCUUGCUCCUGCCGAUUCAGCAGAAGUGGCCCAGGAGAUCCCGAAGAAGCUGGGAAGUUCGUGGGCUAGAAUUGGCGCCCGACUGGGGGGUGGCGGGAAGACAACUGAAGAGGAGCUCGCUGUCACCAUUGAGAACGAGAACCAGAGUGCACCCACACAGCCUGAUGCAACCAGCCGGCUCGGCCGAUUUGGAGCCCUACUAGGAAGCAUAAAGCAGUCGACUGAGGAGGAUGGGGCUGACUCUAGCCAGAGCCAGAAUCAGACCCUGAUAGAGGAUGUACCCGACCAGCCCACUGCUGCGACCGGCCUGUUUGGCGCGAGCUCCCUUUGGUCUCGUCUGGGUGGUGGAAAGCAGUCGACUGAGGAGGAUGGGGCUGACUCUAGCCAGACCCAGAGCCAGAAUCAGACCCAGAAUCCACCCGACCAGCCCACUGCUGCGACCGGCCUGUUUGGCGCAAGCUCCCUUUGGUCUCGUCUGGGUGGCGGAAAGCAGUCGACUGAGGAGGAAGGCGCUGACUCUAGCCAGACCCAGAGCCAGAAUCCACCCGACCAGCCCACUGCUGCGACCGGCCUGUUUGGCGCCAGCUCCCCUUGGUCCAUAUUUGCGCCACGCCUGGGUGGCGGAAAGCAGUCCACUGAGGAGAAGGACAGCACCCUGGAGGACCUGGAGGACCCUGAAGAAGACCCGACCCCAUCUUGGCAGAGCAAGCCCGGCAGCGUCCCCAGCCUGGUCUCGGCACUGUCGCAGCAGGACCUGGAGCCAAUCAGGAGCAGCCUGGCCUUCGCCCCCUACGCCACCCCCACCGCCACCGCCAGCUCAUCAACCCACCUGACCUUCGCCCCCUACACCACCCCCACCGCCAACGCCAGCUCAUCAACUCACCUGGCCGAGCACCAUCACAAGCAGAAGAAGAAGGGCCAAGAGCCCUAUCGUAAACACCGAUAGCUCUGUCAGACCUACUUUGUCUACUGAGAAUAUUUAACAUCAAUCUACGUACCUACCCAACCCACCUUCAUAUGAACUAAAUAAAUACAUGCAUACAUUAAUUAAAUUGAGUUUUUAAAAAGUUCAUAAAAAAUGUUCCAAUCAUAA